CGUCCCCGAGUCGCAGCUGAUGACGUUGCCGCUAAGAUGAUGGCUGGAGAAGAGAAGGGAACUGCUGCAGAGGAUGAGGAGCCCAGUCCCAGUUUUCGGCUGACUGUGACUAAGCGGGAACCGGCGGUGAAGCUCCUGCACUCUGUUACAGGGGUGGAGCCUUUGGCUUGGUCAGAGGAUCACCGCCUGUCUGUGUGCACCGGUAACAGCCUCUGCCUCCUGGAACUGUUCUGUGAUCUCAAUGGCUGCGCCCAGGAGCUCACGUUGCACCGCACCUGCGUGUCAGCCCCUCUCACCAGCUGCAGCCUUAAGGUCGGCAAAGAGAAGGAAGUUGAAGAUUGCAGGGAGAUGUUUGCGAGGUCAAAGCAGCUGACAAUCAGCCAGUCAUUUAUGCUGGAUCGAGUGUUUAACCCUGAAGGGAAGUUUUUACCUUCUUUCCAAAGAUUUAAAUAUGCCAGCUGGUCUCCUUAUGGCUGCGAUGCCAAUGGACGAUGCCUUGUGGCCGCCCUCACUUUAGACAACAGGCUGACCAUUCACGCCAAUGUUAACAGGCUACACUGGAGACAGCUGGUUGAUUUAACCGAAAUGUACGGGCAGCAUCUGUUUGAGGCCAACUACAGAGUAAGCGGAGACGAGACCCCCCACGCAGACUUAGAUGACUUUGCCGAGUUCAAGCGACGGCAUAGCAUGCAGACACCAGUGAGAAUGGAGUGGUCGGGGAUCUGCAUCACUCAGCAGGUCAUGGAGAACAAUGAGUGCAAAGAUCAGAGCACGGUACUGCUGGCAGUACUCUUCGAGAAUGGAGACAUUGCAGUGUGGCAGCUCCAGCUUCCCUUUCUGGGCAAGGAAUCCAUUGCUUCUUGCAACACCAUUGUAUCUGGGAUAUCUUCUCCAAGUGUUUUGGCAUGGUGGGAAUAUGAGCACAGCAAUCGUAAAAUGAGCGGUCUCAUCGUAGGGAGCCGUUUGGGCCCCAUCAAAAUACUCCCAGUGAACCUAAAGGCAGUCAAGGGUUACUUCACUCUCCGACAACCUGUGAUCCUUUGGCAGGAAGCCGACCAGUUGCCUGUACACAGCAUCAAGUGCAUAGCGCUUUAUCACCCAUACCAGAAGUGCAGCUGCAGCCUUAUCGUUGCUGCACGGGGGUGUUAUUUAUUUUGGUGUUUGCUGCUCAUAUCCAAAGCCGGUUUGAACGUUCACAAUUCCCACGUGACAGGACUUCACUCUUUACCAAUCAUAUCCAUGUCGGUGGAUAAACAGAACGGCACUAUUUAUACUUGCUCCGUUGAUGGAAAAGUCCAGCAGCUCAUUCCUAUUUUUACAGACGUUGCUUUAAAAUUCGAGCACCAGUUGAUAAAGUUGUCGGACAUGUUUGGCCCUGUCAAGUCUCAUGCCAUUACCGUCAGUCCUUGCGGCGCCUAUCUGGCUUGCAUUACCACCGAAGGCAUCGACAAUCGGAUUCAUCCGGUGACCAAGACCUAUCUUGUUCAUUUUGUCGCUCUCAAGAGUUUCGAAGAGGCCGUGGCACAGCUUUUAGAAUGUUCCAGCCAAAACCUCUACCAUCAGAUGGAUCUAACAGACCUGGUGCGGUGGAAGAUCCUGAAAGAUAAAGUCAUCCCUCAGUUUCUGCAAGAGGCGUUGGACAAAAAGAUCGAAGGUGGCUCCAUGUAUUUCUGGCGGUUCCGCCUGUUCUUGCUUAGGGUUUGGUACCAGUCACUUAAAAAGGUUACUAAUGAAUUAAUAUGGAAACCUCCAUCCAAAGAAGAGAAAGCCGCAAAGCUUGAUGAUGCAACGGUAACCAAUGAAAAAGAUGAUCAGAAAGAUGCUGGGCCGGAAAGUCCUACAAAGGAAACCGGCGAGAACAGCCCUGCUGAUGUUACCAGGGACAACCCAGAGGCAGACUGUGGAACGGCAGAAGAUGGCUUACUUGAGAUCCAGGAAAAGAUUGGGGCUGUGGAGUGGCACUUAGUACGAGAACACAUGAAACAAGUCUUGGGGGAAGUUUAUCUACACACGCGGAUUACUGAAAAUACUAGUGUUCCUACUAGGGGUAUCUGUGACUAUCUGACGUCUAAAGACUCUGAUGACAGAGCAGUCCAGGUGAUCAUCGGACACCUCGAGAAUAAGAUGAACAAGCAGAUGUUCCCCGAGCACUGCAUCCUGUGUAAAGAAGUGUUACCUUUUACUGACGCAAAGCAGGCACUCUGCCCUAACGGACAUAUAUGGCCCAGAUGUUUCCUCACGUACCAGGCCUGUCAGAGCCUUCUGUAUCGGAGGUGCUUUCUGCACGAUAGUAUUGCCAGACAUCCAGCACCAGGAGAUCCAGAAUGGAUGAAGAAGCUGUUGAAUUAUCCAUGCAUUCUGUGUGACUCUCCUGUCUUCUAGAACUAUGUCUGGGCAGCUUCAGUGCAGAAUGGAUGGUCCAUGUAAAAACUGCCAGAAGGACUGUAUAGAUCUGGUGCCUGAAACACCAUAGGGCUACGUACCUUAACUGUUGCACUUUAAUAGCAAUAAUGAGAGAUCCCCUCCAUUACUGUUACCCCAAUUCCUAGGGAGCAAAGGGAAUAUUGAAGUUUUUUCACUUUGUUCCACUGACUCAAGCUAUGUAACUCUUUUUUGUAAAUUAAAUAUGUUUUGUAA